UUCAUUUUUUAUUGCAAUUUUCUUACAUAUUAAUUUGAACUAACAAAAACACAAAAGAAAAGACAGGCAAUCCAAUAGCAAUUACCUAUACUCCUCAUAGCUGUUGUAAUAUUUUUUUUUUAUAUAUGCAUUUUACUAUAUAUACACAUAUGGAUAAAACUGAACUGUUGAUCUGUUGCUCACCAAAAGUGGCAGCAACUAAGCUGUUGAGUUAUUUGAAGAAAGAACAGACACAAUCUUUUCAACCAGUUUUGGAUGUGCCUUGAGAGUUACUGAUAAUAAUGAACACCUAGGAACGACCAGAUGCCUAACCGCCUCACCUACAAAAAUAGUUGAUUAUCAAAUAAUUACAAUGUAAUUACAACAUAAUGACAACAUUUCUUUAGAAAACCUCUUUUUUCCCCCCUGCAGACCAUCAUUAAUCUGUGAGUCUGUAACAGCAUGUGUCAUCCUUUUGAAAUGACGUGACGCUGUCAGCCCGCUCCAUAAUGACACAUGCAACUGUUUCAAGGCAUUUCAUAAGCAGACCCUCUUAAGCCGCUGUACGUUUCCUUGAUCUUGCAAGUGGACAAAGAAAUGUGUAAGAGACAAAAGAGUGAAACAGCAGCAUAAAGAACUACUCAGCAAAUGUUACUCCAAUAUUAGCUUACUUCCUUAUGCACUAUGAAAAUACAACAUAUAUACACAUACACACACACACACACACAGAUGUUUUUUUGGGUUUUUUUUCAUGUCUCUUUGGUAAAACAUUAACUCUUACAAAGGGUUUCCUGUUGUUGCCGAAGAUAUUUGUCCGUGUAGGUGGCCACAAUGCAGUGAAUGCAUUCAGGUUGUCAAUACCACACCUACAAAGAAUACCUAUGACACGGUACAAGCUGUGGCUCCACUGAUUCAAAGUGAAAAUGGGAAGUGUCGUCGCCGUUCCUCUAGUUUCCGGGUGAGUCGGGUGCACUCAAACGAGUUUACAUUCACACACUAGUAUCUAUAGGCCCCACGCACGCGCGGCUUGACGCCAGUUUCGGAUCACGUAGUGGUGACUGCCAGUGGAAAAGAAAAUUUCAUUACUCACACACUAGUUUCUGCAGUUUUCCAACUCUGUAAAAGUGGUUUUCCUGUGUCCUCAGGGAUAAGUAUAAAAAGGUAAGCGACACAAGUAUCUGCAUUUCCAGUAAAACUUGGGUAAAGCGUCUUUUGGUGAAUCGGUGCCUGCUGCUGACACUUAACAAUAUGAAGCUGAUUGUUUUUUGCCUUUUCACAAUCUACUGUUGCUCUUUGGUCAAAGCAUCAUAUCCAAUGGAGCGCAAAAAACUACAAGAAGUCCUUAGAGAGCUGAAAAUGCUCAAACACGACAUUCCGAACACAGAACUCAUGAUGAAUACUCCACCAAAGGAUAUUGAGGACUGCUGUUGUCUGACAGCCUUAACUUGCUUUCGGGAGACUCUGCUUCAACAUUUUGGCAUAAGUGGAAAAUAUCAGAAAAAACUUUACAAGAGUCUUAAUCAUACCCUUACUAUCAGUGGACUGAACUUUUGUAACACAGAAACUUCUACGACCAACUGCUCAACCUGCCACUCACAUCCUAAGGAAAAAGCAUCAGAGUUUUUCAACAGACUGGAGUCUCUGGUUCAAAGGGGUCUAAGCAGAAUCAACUGAGAUGAGCUGAAGAUCCAUUAGCAACUUUAGAGAAGACACUACUUUGUAAAGGGCCAAGCACGUCGAAGAUUGCGUCUUACAGCCUGAUAAAUAUUUAACUUAUUUAUUAUUUAUUUAUAUUGAAGUGGUUAACUCACUCAAGCUAUCAGGAAAGCUGCUCUGCUGCCACCUUGUGGACUUCGUACCCUCAGUCAGUGAGAGGGAAAAUUAAUUUAUUCAUUCAUUUUGUAGUUCUCAAAGAAUAGUUUAAUAAUGACAUUUAUACUGUGUAUGAAUUUCCUUAGUACAUAAAUUAUUUUGUAAAACAACUGUACCAUCUGAAAAUAUCAAAUUAAUUACCAUAUAUUAUUUGAUGUGCCUAGUUUAUAUGAAGGACAGAUUCUCUGCUUGUAGCAGGAACUGAAAGACAAGUGUUCUAUUUUUUUUAAUUUAUUUAUUUUUUUAGCAAAUGGGCAUUUUUUUCAUUCUGGCAGUAGUCCAUUGUAUAGUUAACAAGUCGUAACUUUCUCUUGUCAACUUCAUAUAAAAGGC